AGCGGUAUAAACAGAGUUGGGAAUAUUUGCCAUAGGAGCCAACUUUCAGAGGCCUGCAGCUGAUUUAUAAAAGUUGCACCAGCUGUGUUACUGACUGGCUGGAAUCACAUCUUGGACCAGAGGGUUGAUACCUGGGUGUAAGGCAGAGAGGAAAGAAGGGAUGUAUCCAGCUUUAAAUUCACAGCACACUGAAACUAUGAAAGCUGUUCAGUAGGUCCCAGGUGGCAGAGAACAGUAUUAAUUAUAGCUGAGCAUGUCUGGGCAGAAGGUGCUUGCGUUCCUGCGUGGCCUUUCCCGCAGGAAGCCCCUGGACCCGGAGGGUGAGGUGUCCACCUUUAACCGCUGCCUGACCACAGUGGACCUGGUGGCUCUGGGUGUGGGGAGCACGCUGGGUGCAGGUGUCUAUGUGCUGUCUGGAGAGGUGGCCAGGACAUUGGCUGGUCCCAGCAUCAUCGUCUCCUUCUUCAUUGCUGCAGUAGCGUCUGUCUUCGCCGGGCUUUGCUACGCUGAGUUUGGCUCUAGGGUGCCCAAGACGGGAUCAGCAUAUCUCUAUAGCUACGUGACUGUAGGGGAAGUGUGGGCUUUCAUCACAGGGUGGAAUCUACUGCUCUCCUAUGUUAUAGGUGCAUCCAGUGUAGCCAGAGCAUGGAGUGGCACUUUUGAUGAUCUCAUUGGAAAUGUGAUGGCAAAUUAUUUUAGCAAACAUGCAGCAAUGGACUUACCUGGCCUGGCUCCUUACCCAGACUUCUUUGCAGCUGGUCUAAUCAUGAUUCUUGCUGGGCUCCUUGCCUUUGGUGUAAAAGAAUCAACUACAGUCAACAAGAUUUUUACAAGUAUUAACAUAUUGGUGUUGCUGUUUGUAAUUAUCACCGGCUUCAUCAAGGGGAAACUGGAGAACUGGAACAUCAGUGAGGAAACAUUACUGAAUGUAACAUACCAGCUUCAAAACAUUUCAGCCACAAUUAAUAUCACCUCUGAGUAUGGAGUUGGAGGAUUCUUCCCUUAUGGGUUUGAAGGCACACUGGCGGGAGCAGCAACAUGUUUCUAUGCCUUUGUUGGGUUUGACUGCAUUGCCACCACAGGGGAGGAGGUGAAGAACCCUCAAAAGUCCAUUCCACUGGGCAUUGUCUUUGCACUGCUCAUCUGCUUCCUGGCUUACUUCGGUGUGUCGGCUGCUCUCACACUGAUGAUGCCGUACUACCAGCUCAGCAUCCACAGCCCUCUCCCUGUGGCCUUCGCCUACGUGGGCUGGGCUGCAGCCAAGUAUGUUGUGGCUGUGGGAUCCUUGUGUGCACUCUCUACAAGUCUCCUGGGCUCUAUGUUCCCAAUGCCUCGAGUAAUCUUUGCCAUGGCCAGAGAUGGCCUCCUCUUCAAAUUGCUGUGUAAAGUCAACUCGAGGAAGAGUCCCACGUUGGCCACCCUCUCGUCCGGCACAGUGGCAGCGAUAAUGGCACUUUUAUUUGACCUGAACGCGCUGGUUAACAUGAUGUCGAUUGGAACUCUCUUCGCCUACACUCUUGUUGCCAUUUGCAUUCUCAUACUCAGGUACCAGGAGCAUGAAGCUGGAGAAAAUGAUUUACAUAUCACACAAAGCUCACCUUUUGGAUUUUUAAAACCGCCCUCUUACCCAACCAAGGAAACUUCAAACACUGUCACCAUAAGCACUGCGUUUAUCAUCUUCAUGGUGUUGACUUUAGCCAUCCUGUUGUCCAAGGCCAUCGGGUCUCUACUGCAGUUGGAGGUCUGGAGCCUGGUGUGUGUGUCUGUGAUCACCUUCGCCAUUUUGCUCAGUGUUCUGCUUAUCUGGAGACAGCCUCAGAACCCCACCAAAGCCUCCUUCAUGGUGCCGUUCCUGCCUUUACUUCCUGUGGUGAGUGCGUUCAUUAACAUUUACCUGAUGGUUCAGCUGGGAGGGGACACCUGGAUCCGCUACGCAGUCUGGAUGGCUGUGGGACUCCUUAUCUACUUUGGCUACGGUGUACGACACAGUGUCCAGAAACAAAGGUUGCUUGGCAACGUGGUCAACAUGGAAACCACAGAGGCGACAUGCAAGAAAGAUGUAGCCAAAUAAGACAAUUGACAAUGGUCAGGGAAAACCACCGAUCCUGACAGUGAAAACAUCCUCUUUAGUGGUUUUUUUACUUAAUUUUUAUGGUAAUCAGUUCAUUUUGAACCAUUUUCAUGGUAAUUAUUCCAUUUUUACAAGGUAUCAUUAAGUUAUUCACACUGCCUCUUAAACUAUCAGUUGUGGGCUAAUGUUUAAUAUUUUAUAGACUGAUACAUGGGUCUGAUCAGCAGUCCAUGCAUUAUCAAUUAAAAAGGGGUGAAGCUUU